CAUUACUUAAUUCACAGUUACUAGCUGCUUCAAAUUCUUCAAGCGACAAAACCAUGGUAACUACAUUGACGUUGCAAACUGAAUGUUUAUUUCGCACUGUUGUCUAGCAUAACACUUGAUAUAGGCUGGAAUAGGAUAACGUGAUAAGGGAACUGAUGAACGAAGAUAAGAACGCAUAGAGUAUAAGAUAUCGAUAGUAAAUCAUUGUUUGCCAAAACUAUCGGGAAAAAGUAAAAUUCCGAGAAUCUCUAAUCCAAAAUUCCAAAUAUGUUGUCACGAGAUGAAGCGUUUAAUUGAUUUUUGAUCAAACUUCUGUUCUUUUCCUACUUGGAUAUAUAGAAAAGACCAUUCUCGCUCUUUCCUAGUAAUGACCUUCACUGGUACCAAGAAAUCCUUUCUCAAUAAUCCUACCCAGAAUCCCAACAUUUUUAUCUAACGGGAAGCACAUCAACCUCCCACUUUAUCCAACCCAGAUCUUCUCUCUCUUGUCUAAAAUAGUUUUUGGUGAUAGAAUUGGCAAGUGCUCGUCGUCUCUUAUUCUUCUGUUUUAGAAUUGUGUUUGGUAUCUGUUCGUCUUGCUUAUUUCAGUGAUUAGUGUUAGUUAGAAUCCACUAUUUGGUCGUGUAUUCACUAUAUAAUUGGUGGAGAUUGGGCUGUUUAUGCACUUAAACAGCAAAGAGCCGAACAGUUUUUAUUGGUAAAAUUGUCGUCAGAUCUGUUGAUUCUGUGUCUUUGCGCUGAAAAUCUCGUGAAAAUAUCUUCUCGAAGCGAACGCAAGUUGCAUUCCUCCCUGCAAACCGAACUACUGAAUACUGAAAUUCAUUGGCCUAUAGCUCGUACGAAGAAUCUUAAAUCCGCUGUUGCUGUGACGCUGUUAAUUUAAUUGAAUGAAAGGUAAUUUACCCUUCCUUUUAAGUUGAACAUAUUACACAUGGGGUAGUAUGUUUCUUCAGAGGAGUGAAUUCAGUUUGAUUCGACGAACACAAAGCAUAAUAUCGUCCUCUAGUUGGUCGCCGUAAUGUAUGGCACUACAGCGUUCUCCAUCGCCUUAUUGGCGGUGGUAUGGUGGCUAAAUUAGAUGUUUUGCCAGUGGACGCAUAGUCCACUCAUUUUCGUGUUCGUUUGUAAAAAUAAAAAUAAAAAAGUAAUAUUCGAAAAAUAAGGCGAUUGCGUAAGCGUAACGCCCGUACGUUAAAAGUAAGGCAUCUUGUCUCAUAUUUUGACGCUGCGAGGGAGAAAUAUAGUUGCCUACUGAUGUCAUCUGCACUUGGGCCGACCGACGUGUUCCAUCUAUUUCUCAAGCCUGAUGAUCUAUUCCUGAAGAGCUCAAACAAAUGGUAGUCAUUAAUAUUAUUGACUCUAUCUCACUUUUUUAAUGCUGUUAUUACCACUUAAUACUAUGCAGGCCUGACAAGCAUAUACAGUUUACAUAAUCGACUUGUUGUGAUAUCCAGCUAUAGUAUACUAGUUAUUGUAUCAAUAAUGUUUUUUUUUUUAAUCCCGUAUUUUGUAACGUUGACAAAUGAUUACUUUAGCUUUGUUGGUUAUGAAAUAUAAAUCCCACCUGAGCCUGAGCUCUUGAGCAAUUGAAACAUUUGAAAGGCAGAGCAGGCAUGUUUUUAUUAAGCUCCGCCCUUCAGCCUUUGCUAUGACUACCAAGCUUUAAAACUUGAUUCCUCCAGGCCAAAAAAGUUGACAGCAGGAAAGAGACUUUGGAACUAACUGGCUGUCAGCUGUUUUAAAGAUGUACUGUACAUUAUAUAUCAGCAUUCAAAGUGAACGAAUCUUAGUAGAUUAAUGGUGUAGGAAACCAAGAUUUCAGUACUUGUUUGGUACAAAAUUAUUUACAUCCUGCUAACUAUUUCUGUUAUCUUCCGCUUGCCGUUAGACAGAGGGAGUGUUCCAUCUUUCCCUUCUUUGAUCCGUCGCUAACGUAAACAAGUCAGUUGAACCAUGAAUGAAACUGAUGGGACUGGAUUGCUUCCAGAAAUGGAAAACAUUAUUUGCCAAUUGGAGAGAGGGACAGUUGUCACCAAGUUUUUCCAGAAGAAACAUCCUGACAGAAGGAUUUUGUCAGUUAAAAGAGAGACACGUCAAGUUGUGUGGUAUAAACCAAUGAGCAAGAGGAAUGUCUACGAAGGGGCUGUUGAUUUAAGAGAAGUCAAGGAAGUAAGGCCUGGUAGAAAUUCGAGAGAUUUUGAGCGAUGGCCAGAAGAUGCCCGAAAAUUUGACGAAAAUCGAUGUUAUGUCGUUUUUUACGGUCAAGAUUUUUGUCUUAAGACUCUUUCCAUUGGAGCGCUUUCUGGACCGGAAUGUGAUCUGUGGGUGAGAGGACUACGCUACUUGUCGCGUGACACACUGGCUUCUUCUUACCCAUUGCAAAUGGAACGCUGGCUAUGGAAGGAAUUUUGUAACAUGACCACCGACAGGACUACAGUGACGCUGAAAGAUGUCAAAGCAUUCUUGCCACAAGUGAACUGCCAAAUGACCAAACCGCGGCUCAAAGAGGCGUUUCAUGAAGUAGAUUGUCGAAGAUUAGGCGAAUUAUCUUUCGACGAAUUCGCUUCCCUCUACCACAUCCUCAUCUACGAUGAAAACAUGUACCGGUCAUUCUUCCACAAGUAUUCCACGGAUGGAAGCAUUAUAUCUUUGGAAGAUUUCCAAAGAUUUCUUGCAGAACAAGGUGACCCACCGAUGGAAGCCGAUGCAGCCACUGCCUUUAUGAGGGAUUUCGUACGAGAUCCACGACGCAACGUCGAAGCUGCCUAUUUCACUCCAAAAGAGUUCACAAGUUACCUUUUUUCGCACCAUAACGAGCUUUGGGAUUCCCAGCACAAUAGUGUAAAUCAGGAUAUGACCCAACCGCUUUCCAAUUAUUGGAUUUCUUCGUCACAUAACACGUAUUUGACAGGCGACCAGUUUUCUAGUAUAUCCAGUGUUGAAGCUUACGCACGUUGCCUUAAUCAAGGUUGCCGUUGCAUCGAGCUAGAUUGUUGGGAUGGUCCUGAUGGGAUGCCUUUUAUUUACCAUGGCCAUACCAUUACAAGCAAAAUUCGCUUUCUAGACGUUGUUAAAACGAUCAAAGAGCACGCCUUUAGUGCUUCCGUUUACCCAGUCAUUCUUUCGAUUGAAGACCAUUGCACACUUCCACAACAAAGAAAGAUGGCAAAAAUUUUCGAAGAGAUUUUUGGUUCAAUGCUGCUUACAUUGCCACUUGAAAAAAAUGAAACCUAUAUGCCUUCACCCGAUGCGUUGCGAAAGAAGAUUCUACUGAAGCACAAAAAACUACCUGAAGGCGCCACAUUUAUUUCAAUUGAUGAAACCAUGUCUUCAAUAGGCCGCCUUGACGAUAGUAGUAUAAAAGAUUUAGAUCUCUCAAACUCGGAAAAGAAUGGCAUUUUAUUCUUGGAAGACAAACUGGAAAGAGAAUGGGUUUCACAUUUUUUCGUUUUAAGUGACGCCAAGAUGUUCUAUACUGAAGUUCAUCCAGAAGAAAAUGAACCGGAAGAAGCAGACGACGAUGUUUCUGAUAUUGCCAAACAGACUCUGCGAGAAGGUGUUCCGGAAUACGAACUACAUUUCGGCGAGGAAUGGUUCCAUGGUAGACUGGCAGGGGGUCGAACAAGAGCGGAAGAGUUAUUACAACAGUAUGGGCCCUCCUUAGGUGACGGAGCUUUCCUUGUCCGAAAGAGUGGCAACUUCGUUGGUGACUUUUCGCUUUCCUUUUGGCGUCAAGAGAAAGUCUAUCACUGCCAUAUACGCACUCGACAAGAGUGGGGAAGAACAAAAUAUUACCUUAUAGAGCCCAACUGCUACGAUAGUUUGUAUAGUUUAGUUGUUCACUACAAAACCCAUCCCUUGCGAAGUCCGGGAUUUAGUAUCGUUUUGAAUAAACCUGUUCCUCAGCCUUGUACCCAUGAAAGCAAGGAUUGGUACCAUCCGACAACCGUGAGAGCAAAGGCAGAAGAGCUACUUCGUUGGAUCCCGAGAGAUGGGGCAUUUUUGGUCAGGCCAAGUGAGCGAGAGUUGAACACCUUUUCCAUUUCAUUCAGGGCCGAGGGAAAAAUCAAACAUUGCCGCAUAAAGCAAGAGGGCCGUCUGUACAUCAUUGGAACGGCCCAGUUUGAGAGUCUCAUCGACUUGGUUAGCUAUUACGAAAAGAAUCCCCUCUACCGUAAGGUUCGCCUUCGCUAUCCAGUAACAGAGGAGAUCGUACGUCAACGUGGAGUGAGUCCACAAGAUGGAGAAGAUGCACCUGGUUACAUGGAUUCUAACGCUUUGACUGGGGUAACCGUGAAAGCUCUUUAUGAUUACCGCAGCCAGCAGGAAGACGAGCUUUGUUUUUGCAAACACGCCAUAAUCUACAACGUGAAAAAAGAAGAUAACGGCUGGUGGCGGGGCGACUAUGGAGGUCGCAAGCAACUUCUCUUCCCAGCUAAUUAUACGCAAGAAAUUGACAUUACCCAAGAAAUGCAAAACGAAAACUCCACAGAUGUUAUGCCACUAGGCAGUUUGCAGAAAGGUAGCUACGAUGUAGCGGGUGCCAUGGUGGAGCUAGUAGCGUUGCAUUCUCCAGUCCGGUCACAUUCGCCCCCGAUUCCAUCGGAGACAAUGCUUUGGCUCUGUUUUUCUAAUGGUAUUACGCUUUUUAAAGCGAGUGUCGCGCAGCGGUGUAGUGAUCGUGAAAAUAUGCACCGCGAAAUUGAACUGACGUGGCGAAUCGCUAAAGAGCUGUCAGACAUCAUCGUCUACUGCAGAGCGGUGACAUUCAACCAGGAACGCAUUUUGCGUGACGGACGGAAUCCAUAUGAAAUGUCUUCCUUCCCGGAGCAAAAAGCCGAAAAAUUGAUGCUUCAAGAGCAAAAAUUCUUUCUUUGGUACCACCAGGUGAUGUUCAGCCGUGUCUACCCAAAAGGCCAACGGAUAGAUUCUAGCAAUUAUUGUCCAGUUCCCUUUUGGAACGUUGGUUCUCAAAUGGCGGCAUUAAAUUACCAAACCCCUGAUAAAAGCAUGCAAUUAAAUGAAGGCAAAUUUUUGCAAAACGGCAAAUGUGGUUACGUAUUGAAGCCAAGCUUUAUGCUGAAGAACUCCCCUGAAUCCUCGAUAUUGGCUGCCGAAGAACCUGUCGUUGUCGUUGUUAAGGUCAUAGCAGCCCGUCAUUUAACUAAGUCUAAACGAGGGAUAGUAAGUCCUUGCGUAGAAAUUGAGAUUAUUGGAAGCCAGCAAGACAAUAUUAACAACAAACACACCACAAAGAUCAUAACUGAUAAUGGUUUUAAUCCUGUUUGGGAUGAAACAUUUCAACUCGAAGUCUCUUGCCCGUCCUUGGCGCUCCUGCGCUUUGCUGUUUACGAUAUAGAUAUGUUUGGUGAUUCUCAUCUUAUUGCGCAAGCAACGUACCCGCUUUUGUGUAUUCGCCGCGGAUUCCGAAGUAUUCCCCUAAAGAAUGGCUUUAGUGAACUGCUCGAAAUGGCCUCGUUACUCGUUUUCCUCGAUCUCCACAAAAGAAAGGAUGAGGGGAGUUCGGUGCUAUUGAAAAGGGAUAAGCUUCGCGAUCUACGAACUCAAAUCAUCGACGCUCAGGAGCGAGGCGACGAGGUAGCAGCGCAAGAAGCUCGAGCGGAAUUCCACGAAAUUGAAUCCCAAAUUUUUGAAGAUUUUAAUCGUACUCGUGAAAAGUAGACAUGCCCUAGUUGAUUUCCAUGAAGUCUGUUUAAGGGAAAGGGCGGGUUCGUUAAGGGGCAUUCAGUCAUUCAUAUUACCACGAUCAUCACAUGAUUUCGAAAACAUUGGGAUGAUGAACAUGAAAAGAACUGACUAUUCAAGUGCUGUCACAUGGGUGCCUUUAUAUACUCAAUUGAUUUAAUUUGGUUUAUUCAUAUUUAUUAAUGAAUGCUGCUGAUUUACAAUCAUGUUAAUAACCCAUCAGUUUGUUAUAAUACAUAGGCAAUAUAAAUUUGUCACCAUCAAUUAAAA